GCCAAGGGACAUAAGCGCUGACUCCUGACAGAGCACUUGAGGACCACGAAUUCAACGAAGACAUUGCAGUUGUUUUGCAACCCAGAUUUGGAAUCAUGAACUCUUUAACUCAUGUUGACUUCAACUUAACCAUCUUAGAAGAAGAGGUCUGUGCCCGGGACAUUGUUGAGAAGAACAUAAAUGAGCUGUCAGCUUCUGGCAAAGACGAUGCCUUUUAUGUUGCUGACCUUGGGGAUGUUGUGAAGAAGCACCUCCACUGGACUCGAGCCUUGCCCCGCGUCCAGCCCUUCUAUGCUGUGAAGUGCAACCCCAGCAGGGUGGUGGUCAUGGCCUUGGCCACAUUGGGUGUUGGGUUUGACUGUGCAAGCAAGUCCGAGAUCCAGCUGGUCCAGUCUGUGGGCGUGGAGCCGGGCCGCAUCAUCUAUGCCCACACCUGCAAGCAGCCGUCCCAUCUGCAGUACGCCUUGGAACACGGCAUCACCAUGAUGACCUUCGACAACGAAGCAGAGCUGGAGAAGAUAGCUCACUGCCACGGCCAUGCAAAGCUGGUUUUACGCAUUAUCACAGACGAUUCCAAGUCUCUGGUGCGUCUGAGCAACAAGUUUGGGGCCCCACUGAAGAAGUCACGCGUGCUGCUGGAGCGAGCCAGCGAGCUGGGCCUGGAGGUGGUCGGUGUCAGCUUUCACGUGGGCAGUGGCUGCACUGACCCACAGGCCUAUGCACACGCCCUCUCUGAUGCACGCUAUGUGUUUGACUUAGGGGCGGAGCUGGGAUACAAUAUGAACCUCCUGGAUAUUGGGGGUGGAUUUCCUGGAAAAGAGCACACCAAGCUGAAGUUUGAGGAGUACACGGCUGUUAUCAACCCGGCUCUGGAGAAGUACUUCCCUGUCAACUCUGGGGUGAAGAUCAUUGCCGAGCCUGGACGCUACUACGUAGCUUCAGCUUUCACGCUCGCUGCCAACAUCAUUGCCAAGAACGUGGUGAUGCAAGAGCAGUCAGCCUCUGAUGAGAACGGAAUUGGGACCAGUGACCGUACCCUGAUGUACUAUGUAAAUGACGGAAUUCAUGGUUCAUUUCACUGUAGUUUCACAGAUGGCUCUCCUGCUCUGCAAUCCCUUGUCAAGAGGCCUAAGCAGGAUGAACUGUGGCACCCCAGCAGCAUAUGGGGUCACACCUGUGACGGCCAUGACUGUAUUGUGGAGCGCACUCUCCUGCCGGAGCUCCAGAUUGGAGACUGGCUGCUGUUUGAGAACUGGGGAGCUUACUCUGUGGCUGCCUAUUCAGGCUUCAAUGGCUUUCAAAGGCCAGAUACCUACUACGUUGUGUCUCGAGUGGCUUGGCAGUACCUGCAGCAGGUCCAUGGCCAGGGGAUGCCCGUCUCCAUGCAGGGCUGAGGCAUGGUAACAUGUGGUCUGGCUGAGAGCGGCCCAGAGCUGACAGCCAAGCACAGUCGCACCAAAGCACUCUUAACGCCACUCACCAAAGUGCUCAACCCAAAACUUGCACUGUAGCUUUAGCUUGGUAGACCAGUCCAACACACUUCAUUUCAUUCCAUACAGGGCCUCUAUAGUUCAUUUAAUUCUACAGAGGGCCUGGCUCUACCCUAUUAGCAAAAGGGCCUUUUAAUACAUGGGUUGCACAUUUGCAAACACCCCCUGGCUGCACACUCUUCAACCUCUGAUUGUUGGAAACUGCUGUUGGAAAGUGCUGUCGGUCAAAAAAUUAGCUCACCUAGUUGGCUGCUUAACAUCUUGCCCCUCCUCACAACGUGAAUGUUUGUAAACGUGAAACCCAUGUAUACCUUAAUUUUAAAAUUAUUUUUUUCUU